AGUGGCAAAUGUUCCCUGACCCAGCCUCAAAGCAGCCUUCCCCUUUUGCUGUCUUAUCUGCCCCAGCUGUAGGCAGGUCAGCCCACGCCCCUGGCAGCAGGGCCCAGAGAGGCUCCCCUCGCCUUGCCACAGGUGCCAUCCCAGGAAAGCCCCCAGGACCGCUGGCUGCCCACAAGAAAUGAAGGAUGGCAUCUAAGGGGUCCAGCAUGUCUUUCUCCCGCAAGAGCUAUCGGCUGACAUCAGAUGCUGAGAAAUCCAGGGUCACAGGUAUUGUGCAGGAGAAACUACUGAAUGACUACCUGCACCGCAUCUUUUCCUCUCCUGAGCAUGCGCCCGCCGCAGCCACCAGCAGGAAACCCCUGAACUUCCAGAACCUGCCAGAGCAUCUGGACCAGCUGUUACAUGUAGACAAUGAGGAUGAGGAGAGCCAGGGACAGGUUGAAGGGCGGCUUGGCCCAUCCACUGUGGUCCUGGACCACACAGGUGGCUUCGAGGGGCUUCUUCUGGUGGAUGAUGACCUCCUAGGGGUGAUUGGACACAGCAACUUUGGUACUAUCCGCUCAACCACGUGUGUGUAUAAAGGGAAAUGGGUCUACGAGGUGCUCAUCUCCUCUCAGGGACUCAUGCAGAUUGGCUGGUGCACUAUCAACUGCCGCUUUAAUCAGGAGGAGGGGGUUGGAGAUACACACAACUCCUAUGCUUAUGAUGGCAACCGGGUACGCAAGUGGAAUGUGACCACAACGAAUUAUGGCAAGGCAUGGGCAGCGGGAGACAUCGUGAGCUGCCUGAUCGACCUGGACGAUGGCACUCUGUCCUUCUGCCUGAAUGGCGUGUCACUGGGCACCGCUUUUGAGAACUUGUCCAGGGGCCUGGGCAUGGCCUACUUCCCAGCCAUCAGCCUUUCCUUUAAGGAGUCUGUGGCCUUCAACUUUGGCAGCCGUCCCUUGCGCUACCCAGUGGCAGGUUACCGGCCCCUGCAGGACCCACCCCGUGCUGACCUGGUGCGGGCGCAGAAGUUGCUGGGCUGCUUCCGGGCAGUGCUCAGCGUGGAGCUGGACCCUGUGGAAGGCCGGCUGGUGGAGAAGGACAGCUCCGAGUGGCAGUUGCAGGGCCAGCCCACCGUCCUCCUCACGCUGGCCCACAUCUUCCAUCGCUUUGCACCGCUCCUGGGCAGGGGCAGAAGGCCACCACCUCACCAGUGCCCGCCCUUGGUGCAGCGCAAGGUAUACCUGGUAGAGGCUGUGCUCAUGAGCUUCCUGCGGGGCGUCGUGGAGGCAGGCACCCCUGCACAGGCCCAGUCCAUGGUGCGUCAGAUCCUCGACCUCCUGUGGCUCUUCAUGGAGGACUAUGAGGUACAGGAUUGCCUCAAGCAAUUGAUGAUGUCCCUGCUGCGGCUUUACCGGUUCUCACCCAUCGUCCCAGACCUGAGCCUACAGAUCCACUACCUGCGGCUCACCAUCGCCAUCCUGAGGCAUGAGAAGUCGCGCAAGUUUCUGCUUAGCAAUGUCCUCUUCGACGUGCUCCGGUCUGUUGUCUUCUUUUACAUCAAGAGCCCUCUGCGAGUGGAGGAGGCUGGCCUACAGGAGCUCAUUCCCACUACCUGGUGGCCCCACCGCUCCAGCAGGGAGGGCAAAGACAGUAAGGAUGUAAAGGAUGAGACCGCUGAGGAGCACAGACGGAGGCGUGCCUACGAACGUGGCUGCCAAAGGCUCAAGAAGCGCAUCGAAGUGGUGGAAGAACUACAGGUCCAGAUCCUGAAGCUGCUGCUGAACAAUAAAGAUGAUAAUGGGGGGGAAGCUUCUAGGUACAUCUUCCUGACCAAGUUCCGAAAGUUUCUACAGGAGAAUGCCAGUGGCCGGGGGAAUAUGCCCAUGCUGUGUCCCCCUGAGUACAUGGUCUGCUUCUUGCACCGGCUGAUAUCUGCCCUGCGCUACUACUGGGAUGAAUACAAGGCUUCGAACCCUCGUGCCUCCUUCAGUGAGGAGGCCUACGUACCGCCUCAGGUCUUCUAUAAUGGCAAGGUGGACUACUUUGACCUGCAGCGCCUGGGAGGGCUCCUCUCACACCUUCGGAAGACCCUCAAAGAUGACCUUGCCUCCAAGGCCAACAUCCUGAUCGACCCACUGGAGCUCCAGGCAGCCACCAUGGAUGACCUGGACGAGGACGAGGAGCCAGCCCCAGCUGCGGCCCAGCGCCCCAUGCAGGCUCUGGCCAUGGGGGGCGUACUGCCCCUGCCCCGGCCCAGCUGGCUCAGUUCUCCAACCCUGGGCCGAGCUAACCGCUUCCUCAGCACAGCGGCUGUGAGCCUGAUGACCCCACGGCGGCCUCUGACCACCUCGGAGAAAGUGAAGGUCCGCACGCUGAGCGCAGAACAGAGGACUCGUGAGGACAUUGAGGGCAGUCACUGGAAUGAGGGCCUGCUGCUGGGGCGGCCCCCGGAGGAGCCUGAGCAGCCCCUCACGGAGAACUCCCUGCUGGAAGUCCUGGAUGGCGCCGUCAUGAUGUAUAAUCUCAGCGUUCACCAGCAGCUGGGCAAGAUGGUGGGUGUGUCUGAUGAUGUCAAUGAGUAUGCAGUGGCUCUGAGGGACACAGAGGACAAGCUCCGGCGGUGCCCCAAGCGGAGAAAGGACAUCCUUGCAGAGUUGACCAAGAGUCAGAAGGUUUUCUCAGAAAAGCUGGACCACCUGAGUCGCCGUCUUGCCUGGGUCCAUGCCACUGUCUACUCCCAGGAGAAGAUGCUAGAUAUCUACUGGCUACUACGCGUCUGCCUGCGGACCGUCGAGCAUGGCGACCGCACAGGUUCUCUCUUUGCCUUCAUGCCUGAGUUCUACUUGAGCGUGGCCAUCAACAGCUACAGUGCUCUCAAGAAUUACUUUGGCCCCGUGCACAGCAUGGAGGAGCUCCCAGGCUAUGAAGAGACUCUGACACGCCUGGCUGCCAUCCUUGCCAAACACUUUGCCGAUACACGCAUCGUGGGCACUGACAUCCGUGACUCGCUGAUGCAGGCCCUGGCUAGCUACGUGUGCUACCCACACUCCCUGCGGGCUGUGGAGCGGAUCCCUGAGGAGCAGCGUAUUGCCAUGGUAAGGAGCCUCCUGGCUCCCUAUGAGCAGCGGCCCUGGGCCCAGACCAACUGGAUCCUGGUGCGACUCUGGAGGGGCUGUGGCUUUGGGUACCGCUAUACACGGCUGCCGCACCUGCUGAAAACCAAGCCAGAGGACGCCAACUUGCCUAGCCUCCAGAAGCCCUGCCCCUCCACCCUGCUUCAGCAGCACAUGGCAGACCUACUGCGGGAGGGUCCUGAUGUGGCACCCAGCUUCCUCAACAGCGUCCUCAACCAGCUCAACUGGGCCUUCUCUGAGUUCAUUGGCAUGAUCCAGGAGAUCCAACAGGCUGCCGAGCGCCUAGAGCGGAACUUUGUGGACAGCCGGCAGCUCAAGGUGUGUGCCACCUGCUUUGACCUCUCGGUCAGCCUGCUGCGUGUCUUGGAGAUGACCAUCACGCUGGUGCCUGAGAUAUUCCUGGACUGGGCCCGGCCUACCUCUGAGAUGCUGCUGCGGCGUCUCGCACAGCUGCUGAACCAGGUGCUGAACCGGGUGACGGCCGAGAGGAACCUGUUUGACCGCGUGGUCACCCUGCGGCUGCCUGGCCUGGAGAGCGUGGACCACUAUCCCAUUCUGGUGGCUGUGACAGGCAUCCUGGUGCGGCUCCUGGUGCAUGGCCCGGCGUCGGGGACAGAAAGAGCCACGUCAGUGCUCCUGGCUGAUCCCUGCUUCCAGCUCCGCUCUAUAUGCUAUCUCCUGGGGCAGCCAGAGCCUCCUGCCCCUGGCACUGUCCCGCCUGCCCCUGACCGGAAGCGCUUCUCCCUACAGAGCUACACAGAUUACAUCAGCGUUGAGGAGCUGGCCCAGGUGGAACAGAUGCUGGCACACCUGACUUCUGCGUCGGCCCAGGCAGCAGCUGCCUCCCUGGUGAGUGGGAGCCACUGCACACACGUCCACACCACCCAAACACACGUUAGCACAAAUGUGCAUACCACACACGUGUGGCAUGUGUCCUUGUCUGGGUAUCUGACCCCAGCCCACCCUGCACUCUGCAGCCCACCAGCGAGGAGGAUCUCUGCCCCAUCUGCUAUGCUCACCCCAUUUCUGCCGUGUUCCAGCCCUGUGGCCACAAGUCCUGCAAGUAAGUGGGCCCCAUUGGUGCAGGGGGCUGGGGAAGCAGCAGGGAUACACAGACCCUCCUCCUCCUCCCGUUGUAGAGCCUGCAUCAACCAGCAUCUGAUGAACAACAAGGAUUGCUUCUUCUGCAAAGCCACCAUCGUGUCUGUAGAGGACUGGGAGAAGGCAGCCAGUACCAGUACCACUUCCUCGGCAGCCUAACCCACACAGCAGCAGCCUCCACCCUUGAACUCAGACCCAGGUUGGGCCCUAUUUAUGAGCUCCUCUUGCCCUAUUCCCCAUGUCCUCCCCCAUCCCCGCCAUGUCCAACCUCUUUGUCUGAGUGUAACCUCAUUGGCGGGAACCCAGCCGUGUCCUAAUUGUGCCUGAGCUUGACUUUCAGUCAGGGCCACAGUGAACAUUAAAUUAUUAUUCCAUACA